UUCAGGCUGCUCGCUGCUCAGUCUGGAAAAGGGUCGCGCGCGCGUGCUGCGCGAAAUCUCGACCGCGUGUUCGCGUGAAUUGCACAUUUCAGCUUUCGAGUGAGUUAUGAGUGAGCACGGCCAAUAUGCGCCACCGCCAUCCGAGCCGCAUCCGGACGAGAUUGACUUUGAUCGACUGCACGAACAUCCACCCUCAGCAGCAGGUGAUAAUAACUGGUUGAUGCAGGUAUGGAAGGACCACUGCCGAUCGCAGGAUCCGGAUCCAGCCGGCGCAACUUCGCCGCUGCCUCCUGAGCGUUUGAAACGCCCGCUUUACCAGCGCGAUCAUUCCGCUGACGGCAUUCGUAAUGUUUGGGCGUCAAACAUUGAAGAGGAAUUCAAAAUCAUCCGGCAGAUUGUAGCGCGUUAUCCCUAUAUUGCUAUGGACACUGAGUUUCCCGGGAUUGUAGCGCGGCCUCUUGGCGAAUUCAACACUACUUCUGCCUACCAGUACCAGUCCAUGAGAUGCAAUGUGGGGAUGUUGCAGCUCAUUCAACUGGGGCUUACCUUCCAUGAUUCUGAUGGGGCUAUUCCGCCUGGGCCUCACUCCACCUGGCAAUUUAAUUUCAAAUUCAGUCUCACUGAUGAUAUGUAUGCUCAGGAUAGCAUCAAUCUCUUGCACAAUUCGGGCAUACAAUUCGAGAAGCACGCGACUGAGGGUAUUCGCCCAGACCACUUCGCUGAACUCUUGAUGACCUCCGGGGUUGUCCUUAUGGACAACGUCGUCUGGCUUUCGUUCCACUCUGGCUAUGACUUUGGCUAUUUACUCAAACUACUCACCAACAUGAACUUGCCCGAGCAUGAGGGCGAAUUCUUUGAAUUGCUGCGUCUCUAUUUCCCAAAUAUCUACGAUGUGAAGCACUUGAUGGAAUCAUGUCACUUGACCGGCGGCCUGCAGGAUCUCGCUACGCAUCUGCAGGUGACUCGCGCCGGCACCCAACACCAGGCUGGAUCCGACUCUUUGGUCACUGGUCGUGUGUUCUUCAAGUUGCGCCAGUGGUAUUUCAAUGGCGUUGUGGACGAGGCAAGAUUUGCGGGCCAUCUUUAUGGCUUGGAUGCGCCCACGUAAGCAGGACUGGGACAGGUAAAGGAAAACGAAGAGACAACGUAACUAAAACGCUUAUAUUAUUUUUGCGCUAUGCACAAUAGGUCAUACAAUAAAUAAAACUAGAUUAACUUACAGAAGCCACUCGUGCUUCCCUUCAA